AUGCGUUUUUCUACAAUAUUUAUAUUAAUUUCCCUCUCUCCAUUCAUCUAUUCCGAUUUUAUUCCAAAGCGCUUUUCUGUCGAUUUGGAUGCUCCACCUCGAGAGCGAUGGGCGGAAGUGAUCAAGGCGCAUAAGCAAUAUAUACCUGGAGUAGCUGCGGAGAGUCGAAAAUACAUCCCCGGCUGGGCGCAACCUUUCGUAUUUUGGGUGGCCAAAGCUCUGGUCCACCUUUUCCCGGAGGAAUACGCCGAAGAAUUGAGAGGAAUUGCCGAAGCAGCCAAUCUCCCUCUGGGCGAGGUUGUCGGCUUGAAUAUUCUCUAUGACAUCACGGCAUUCGACCGCAAGCAUAUAUUUGGACUUGGGUGUACAUCUUUGGUGGCUGAAGACGCGAGGGGGAGAAUUUGGCAUGGCCGCAACUUAGACUACGAAAUGGGUGACCUCUUGAAGAACAUCACCGUGUUAAUAGACUUUAAGCGGAACGGAAAGACGGCAUUCACCGGAGUCACUUUUGUUCUCUACAAUGGGCUUCUAACUGGUCAGAGACCAGGCGCCUUUUCGAUCAGCUUGAACGCCAGAUAUUCCGGGGCCUACAUUGACAAUAUUCUAAUGGAAAUCUAUACAAGGUUCAGAAACCCAGUGAGCUUUGUGAUGCGUGAGGUUUUGGAGGAAGAGCAAAGCUACGCUUGGGCACUUGAUCGUCUAGUUCGUACUCCUUUAAUUUGCCCGGCGUAUAUUACGGUGGCCGGAAUUAAUCGCGGGGAAGGAGCUAUUAUUUCAAGAAAAAGAAUCGGCGCUGCUGAUGUUUGGAAGCUUAAUAAAAAUCGCUGGUACAUGGUGGAAACCAAUUUUGAUCACUGGACCCCACAGGGUGAUAAGAGAAAAAAAGUAGCCUCGCACGCGCUGCAUAAAUUGGGGCAAGAAAGGUUGAACGCCAAUACGCUAUUUAAUCAUGUAUUAUCGAGACAGCCCGUUUUGAAUGAUUUAACUAUUUUCACGCUGGUGAUGUCGCCAAGUGAGCCGGAUGUACUCUUUAGUCAUAUUGUCGUCAGGACAAAUACGACAAAGAAGAUUGAAAAUUUGGAAAUA